GACCUGGACGGGCUCCUGGGGGAGCUGCCUGAGGACUUCUUCUCUGCUCCAGCCCAAGCUGACUGCUGCUGACAUGGCCGUGGGGCCAGGGAGACGGUUACUGCUGGCACAGUCUGGGCUGCACCAUGGCCUGCCCUAUUUAUAACCCCCACCCAGGCGCAGGAGGCAGCUCACUGACCCUCCAGUCCUUCUGGGGUCUCCAUGGCCCAGGAAACCUUCGCCUUCAGCUCCUCCGCGCUGCGCUCGUUGCGGCUCCAGCAGGAGCUGCUGGAGCAGGAGGAUCGCCGUCGAGCCCUGGCUCGAGAAUCGGCCACGCGGCGGUUCUUGUCAUUGAGCCCCCGGCCUCCCCUCACCCCCCACCGGCGGCCCAAGUACUGCCGGGACCCCGCUGUCCACAACGCCCUGUACACUGGGGACAUCCUGCGCAUCAAGAGCAUCUUUAAGGAUGAGACCACCACGAAUAUGAUCAUGGAGAUGGUCAGCGAGGAGCUUGUGUGGUCGCCCGAGCAGGGGCUGUGGGUGCUGAGCUCCCGCCGGCAGCAGACCUCGGCCCUUCGCAUCGCUGCCAGCCGGGGUUACAGCGACUGUGCCCGGCACCUGCUGCUGCAGGGGGCGGUGGUGGACGCAGUGGUGGGGGGCCGAGCCCCCCUGCACGACAGCGUGGCUGCCCCCCGCCCCGACUGUGCCCGCCUGCUGCUGGCCUUUGGGGCAGACCCCAACCUACUGAACGCCGAGGGCUCGGCCCCCCUGCACCUCUGCACUGCGCCGGAAAGCCUUCUGUGCGCAGAGCUGCUGCUGGCUCAUGGGGCACGGGUGAACCUGGGGACACGUGACCAGCAGCUGACGGCCCUGCACGUGGCGGCGCGGCAGGGGCUGGUGGCCCAUGUGGAGCUGUACCUCCACCAUGGUGCCGACCCCUCCUGCCGCACCCGCCAAGGCGAGACCCCCCUCAAUGCUGCCUGCGCUGCAGCUGAGCGCCCUGAGGAGGCCGAGCGCUACUACCGAGUGGCCGAACGGCUGUUGGCUGCCGGCGCCAACCCCGGGGCUGCUGGCCGCAAGGACCACACGCCGUUGCACAAUGCCUGCAGCAAUGGGCAACCCCGGCUGGCACAGCUGCUGCUGCGUCAUGGGGCCGAUGCCACCAUCCCCAACUGCGCUGGGUACACCCCCAUGGACUGUGCCCUCCACGCUGUCGAGGAGUAUCGGCACCAGCACCCCGAGGAAACCAUCGCCCUCCUCCUCAACCAUGGCGCCGGCCCCGUCCACCCCAAGAUGCUCAAGUUCUGCUGCCGGCACCCACCAGCACUGGAGAUGGUGCUCAACGCCUACGACCGCAUCCCACCCCCCGAGAGCUGGGUGGGAUCUGUGCCCCCGGAGCUGUGGGAGGAGCACCAAGAGUUCUAUGCCUCAGCGCAGUGCAUGGCGGGCACACCGCGGCGCCUGCAGCACCUGGCACGCUGUACUGUCCGGCGGCACCUGGGCGCCCGCUGUCACCUUGCUGUCCCCAAGCUGGCCCUGCCAGCCCCCCUGCGCCACUACCUCCAGCUGCCCCUCACUGGGGUCAUCUCCUGAGAACAGCCCCCCGCUCCAGGUCUCCCGCCAGGAGUGACCAAGGGGGGGCCGGUGCCUCUGUGUGUCCCCCUCAAGCGCCCUAGUGUGAAUAAAGGACGUGGCAGA